AUGGCGUCCCCCCGAGAGAUCGUACGGCAGCAGAUUCUCGCCUCUCUCUACACCACUCCCGACAAAGGUCAACUUGUACACCACCUCAAGACCUGGGAGGAUGUGCCUGGCGCUGCCCCGGGCGAAAGCAAAAAGCCUCGCUACGUACUCCUCACAGCGCUUCCCGACCGCCAUACUGUGGUAUACAAGAGCAAGCGCAACGCCAAUGGCACGUUCUCGAUAGGCAAGACAUGGCCGAUAGAAGACCUGACCGCAAUACAAGUCACAGAGCCGAGUGCAUUCCUCAUUACGCUUCACGGCAAGACUUAUCUAUGGCAAACAGAGCAGAAGCAGGAUCAGCGCGAGUUCCUUACUUCGCUGAUACAGCUCCAUCGUCAGGCGACAGGUGGCACGCGUCCGCUACAACUCUCCGGCAUCCCCCAAGGUGACUUGAACGCGAGGAGUGGCGGCAUCGCGACCUCAAUCGCUCCGCCAACCGUGCGUACGCCAGAUGGCUACCCCGUUCGACAAGAUCCGCGUGCCGCUCGCACGCCAGAAGGUUACAAUGCCCCUAUCGAGCCCAUGCCGAGGCGAGAAUCAGUUGCUUCUACUGGACGAUCUAUACCUGCGCGCACGCCGCCAGAGGGGCGCAGACCGUCUGCCUCCCGUCCGACCGUGUCGCCUUCGCCCAGAGAUAAACAGCCGAACGAGCGAGACGAUGGCAGAAGGCGGCUGGACCGUUCAGGCUCACUCGCCUCCAUCCAUUCAAACAAUGCAGCCCAAGCGACCAGAACAGCUUCGCCAGCUAUUCCGCCCACCCCGAGCUUACCACCGCAUGCUCGCGAGCCUGUCAGACGUGAGCAAGCUAUGCCUGCUAAGCCACGCGAUGCGCCCACCUCGCCCGUCUUGCCCUCUCGAAGCGAGAGACGGGGCCAACAGCCCGUCUCGCCCCAUGCCCCUCAAGCUAUGCUGAGUCCCCAUGCUCGUAACGCUAAGCUACCCGCCUUGCCAGCAGUCAAUGGCAAUGCGCGGUCGCCUUCGCCUCGGCCAAUUAGCCCGCAGCCUCCUGCACAAGCGAGCGGGAGCGAUGAUCCCACAUUGACCAAUGUCGAAGAGAUGCUCGAAGGGUUCGAAUGGCGAUCAGGCGGUAAAGGCAGGGGUGCAGCAGACCAGAUUGAAGCUCAGCUGGUCGGCGAGCUACAAGCACUCGAAGCUGCGAGCAUUCAUGCUAUCAUAGAGUCGGACGACCGCGUCGAUUUCGUCUUGAAGCACAUCGAUGAGGCUCUAGCGGAACUCGACAAGAUGGACAAGGUCUUCUCGAUGCACAAAACCCAGCUGAACGCCAUGUCAGACGACAUCGAGCAUAUCGAAUCACAUAACAAAGGCCUGCAAGUACAGACGUCUAACCAACGCGCCCUAUUGCUCGAACUCGAGCAAUUGCUCGAUACUAUCAACGUCCCCGCGGAUGACCUCAUCGCGCUUGCGCAAACCUCGCUCGAAAGCAGCGAAGGCAUCGCUAAGCUCGAAGCUGCUGCUGUUAAUCUGUACAAGGCCAUUUUGUCAACUCGCGAUACAACCGUAGGUGACAUGGCAGCCGCAAACGAGCAUGUGGCUCAGCACCGUCAAUCGAGCUCUAUCUUCAGCAAACGCAUCUUUGACUUCCUGACUGUCAUGUUUAAGUUCCAGGCGGACACGACUUUGAACGACAAAACCCGAGCGAUCACGAAGGCCAAUCCGAAGCUUCUGCCGCACACCCAGCUGGAGGCUUACCUGGGUCGCUACUGCGGCUUGAUGCUCUUUGUCAAGGAGAUUGACGAUCAGCGUUAUUCUCAAAUAUGUGCUUCUUACUUCACUGCUGUCAGCGAACUCCAGCGCAAAGAGAUCGCUGAUUACGCCAAUGUCAUGCGGGCUGCCAUACGCAAGGCAACGCAAGAAGAACAAGAGGCAAUUUUCACAAACCCAAACAGUGCUUCUGCAGUCCGCGCCAAUACUGUCAAGCGGCCUGCGCGACCACCACCCCGCCUCGAUGGUGGCUUGCCAGGCAGCGAGGCGAUCGCUCUCGCCCUUGACGAGAUAGGACCCCACGUUCAUCGUGAAUCUGUGUUCGUAUCUGAGCUACUCCACAUACAAAGCAUCGAUCAGUACAUCACGUUCGCAGACUACAUGGAUCUAGAAGUCUUCUUCCGCCGUGGUGCCUCAGCUCAUCUGGCAGCCAACGCCUCGCGGUUCAAAGACAUCGACUCGGCUACAGAUCUCAUCUUUGGCUUUCUAAGCGGCAACAUCAAGGAGCUUAUCGAUCACGCUUUGCAGCUGGACAGCCUGCAGAUCUUUGGCAUCGUGGCCGCCCUAGAUCUAGGCCUACUUAACGCGCAGCAAAGUCAAAACGGCUUUCUUAUUCGCAUGCUCGAAAAGCAGUCUUUCCGAUGCUAUGCGCUUUUGGACAAAUUCAUCGACGAGCAGAAGAAGGCGAUCGAGCUCACCAAGCUCACGACGAAGAAGCGCAAGGGCGUGGCGCCGUUCAUCUUUGUGUUCUCGAGCUUCGUCGAACGCGUCGAGGCGCAGCUAACGGUCACAUCUAGCCCGAGCGUGCGUGCAAAGGUCGACGAGGUCUACACCCUACUCGUCAAGGCAAUGUUUGAGAGCCUGCAGCAGAUGGCGAAGCUCGUCGUCGACGUUGGCAACGCUGAAGACAAAGGCCAGCUCAACUAUCAUGUCGUCCUGAUUGAAAAUAUGCACCAGUUCACCUCCAACGCCCAAGCGAGUAACGUAACGGCGAUGAAACCCUUCUUGAAGCAAGCACUCGGCCUUUACAAUGAAAAUCUCUCAUCGUAUGUCAGACUGGUCCUACGUCGUCCGCUUGCCAAGCUGCUCGAUUUCUUCAAUGGUCUCGAAUCGCUUCUUAAAGUCACGCCGCCUUCAGAAGUCAGCGUAAACCCGGCUCACUCGAAGGCUGCUCUCAAGCGCGCAGUGAGCACAUUGUCUAGCAAAGAUCUUCGCAAGGCCAUCGAAGCACUUGGCAAGCGCGUCGAAAAGCAUUUCAUCGAAGCAGAUUCACCGCAAUUGAUGAAGGCGGUCUGGGAUGCGUGCGAAAUCGAGAUCACCGAUCUGAUCGGCAACUGGCAGCGGCUCAUCGAAUUAUGUUAUGCGAACGCCGGCGUCACGCUCGAUUUUAGCGCCUCUGAUGUCAAGACAGCGUUCACACGGACCAAGCUCGUGGGGUAA